AUGUGUGACAAGGAAUUCAUGUGGGCUUUGAAAAAUGGAGACCUGGAUGAGGUGAAAGACUAUGUGGCCAAGGGUGAAGGUGUCACCCGGACACUAGAAGGUGGUAGGAAGCCUCUUCAUUAUUUAGCAGAUUGUGGGCAGCUUGAAAUCCUGGAAUUUCUGCUACUGAAAGGAGCUAAUAUUAAUGCUCCAGAUAAACCUCUUCUGUCUACAGUAUAUGAAGGUCACGUUUCCUGUGUAAAACCGCUUCUAUCAAAGGGUGCUGAUAAAACUGUGAAAGGCCCAGAUGGACUAACUGCCUUUGAAGCCACUGACAGCCAGGCUGGACUGAUCCAUUUGGAAGAAUGCCUCUCCCCCCCUGCUCCAGACCUGUUUGCUGUUUGCCGCUCACCUGGUUCCCAGCUGCUUCAUUCUGCCUGCCUGUUUCUCUGGCGGUUUCUGCGCCUGGUCUUUUGCUCACCUGGUCCAUCUGAUUGA